AUGCAGGAUUAUUCAGAAGAUGUUAUCGUUGAAUACGGUGCUGAUGUUCAUGCGUCUAGCCACGGAUCUGGCUUCCCCACUGAGAAAUUACUUAAUACCAUGACGGAAAAAUUGAAUCCCGAUGAACGGCGUCGCGCUUUGGAGUAUGCUCAGAGUCCUUGGAAUCUCAAUAAUCUCCCUCUUGUUGGCAACUCUGUGCUGCGUUUCAUCAAGGGCAACGUGGAUGGUAUGAAAGUGCCGUGGUGUUAUGUUGGAAUGGUCUUCUCCACAUUCUGUUGGCAUAUCGAAGAUCACUGGAGCUGCUCUAUUAAUUUUAAUCAUUGGUGA